GCCUUGGACAAGACUCACGGACCAGGGGAAUCCCAGUCCAAAACCCAUACCUCUCACACAACAAGUGGAAUCGAGCACGGGAUGAGGCUCGGGAAUCGGGAAUCACACGCCCACUAAAAAUCUGCCUCAAACCCUAGUCUGGUAAUCCCCCAUCCUCUUCACUGGAUUCCCAUUCCCAAUCCUCUCAUCCCCGCCGACUCCCCGCCGCCGUCUCCCGGCAAGCCGCCACCGCUCGUGAUAUAUACAUCCAUGACAGGCAUGGAUCAGAGUGAGAGCUCCAAGAUUGUGCGCGGCAGAGGCAGGAACAAGAGGAAGUGGACAGGGGAUGAGGACGAGGAGCUCGUGAAAGCCCUGUGCGAGGUGUCUCUUGAUCCUAGGUUCAAGGUGGAAGGAGGAGGGUUCAAGAACUGCUACUCUCAGGGGAUCGAGAGCCUCCUCGCGCAGAGGCUGCCCGGCCGCGGCAUCAAAGCCAGCCCCCAUGUCGAUUCUCGGUUGAAAGUGUUGAAGCGCAAGUUCUACUCGAUCAAAGAUAUGCUCGCGUCGCCGGGCUUCUCCUGGGAUGGGACGAGAAACAUGAUCCAAUGUGAGAAGGAACGAUAUGAUGAAUAUUGCAAGGAGAAUCCUAGAGCCAGGGGUAUGUAUGGUAUUCCAUUUCCACAUUUUGAUACAUUUGAUGCAAUAUAUGGCAAGGAUAGAACUGCCAGAGAAGGGGCCGAAGUGUCCGAAGCAGCAAGUGCCGACAUGGAGAAUGGAAAUACAAGUGGAGCUGGAGAUGAGGAUAGGAUUUCCACUGGGCCAUCUGGUCGCUCCUUGGACACGACAUCAAGGUGUAAAAGGCAGAAGAAAUGUAACUAUGGUGGGAAAAGGAAGAGGAUCGAAUCAAAUUGCCCGCCUCUCGACAUGUUUAAGGAUAUACGUGGUCAGUAUCACAGUGUCACUCAGCAUGUCAGUAUGAUGGCAGAAGCAAUGGAUCUGUUCAAGGAUGUGCACGGUCACUUUCAGAAUGUUGUUCAGCAUUCUAGCGCAAUGGCCGCAGCAAUGGAGGGUUUUAAGGAUGCACAUGGUCGCUUUCAGAGAGCUGCACAAAAUGUCAGCACAGCCGCAGCAGCCAUGGAGCGGUUCAAGGACGCUCAUGAUCAUUUUCAGAGCGCCACUCAGAAUGGCAGCACCAUUGCAGCAGUGAUGGAGUGUGAUACUGAUAUGCAGCAGACGUUGACACCUGAGGAGCCCCAGCGGGAUCCCAAAGUAAGAGCUAUUGCGGAAAUGCAAAAGCUUGGGUUUACUGGAGGCGAAGUGGUCAAUGCGGCAAGCGUUUUUGCAAAGGAACCAAACCAGAUGGAAAUGUUUUUAGCACUCCCUGAAAUCUAUAAGAGGGGGUACAUACUCCAGAUGCUCAACGCUGGGCAAUCCCUCCAGUUUUAGCUUGAACCUUGAAGCAGUAUGUGAGCCGUGAAGCUCUGCAAGUACUAAAUCCAGUCUAGUUGCCGCACUGCCAAUUUGUAGCUGUACAUUUGUAAAUGGUUUAGUUAGUUCUCUGGCGCUCGUAUGUGCGUCUUGACCUUCCGUUGUUUUUGCAACGGUUAUUCUGUGACUGGACGAUGCUUUUAUCAGUAUCAGAAUUCUAGAACAAAGUAAUGGUCAAUCUAUCAGUUGCCGUACGAACCAAAAGCCUUCAAGAA